GUGUUUUGUUGUUUCUCCGGCGGUGUGUCGCGCUCGGCCUGUCAAACCCGUGCGUGACUUUUCGCUGGAACGACGAGACGGGAGCUCCAGGGAUGCACAUGACUAAAAAGACGAGGAACACAAUGAAACCGCCGUCACAGAGCUCCCCUUUAAGCAGCAUAGUGUUUGAAGGCGUCUACAACAAUGCCCGAAUGCUCCACUUCCUCACUGCCGUCGUGGGCUCCACCUGUGACGUGAGGGUGAAGAACGGAGCCGCGUACGAAGGAAUCUUCAAGACUUUGAGCUCUCAGUGUGAGCUGGCUGUGGACGCUGUGCACAAACAGAGCGAUGGAGGAGGAGAGGAGGAGGAGGAAGGAGGCCAGUCCUCUCCUCCCAAGAUUGAGGACAUCACCGACAUGAUGAUCUUCAGCCCCGGUGACCUGGUCACCAUGACGUGCCGCGACGUGGACCUGAACUUCGCCGUCAGAGACACGUUCACGGACACGUCCAUCAGCUCGUCACGCGUGAACGGAGAAAACCGAGAGAAAGUUCUCCAGAGGUGGGACGGGAACGGGAACGGAGAGAACUUUGAGCUGGAGGCGGACACGUCCAACGGUUGGGACGCUAACGAGAUGUUCAAGUUCAACGAGGAGACGUACGGCGUGAAGUCCACAUACGACGCCAGCCUCUCCAUGUACACCAUGCCUCUGGAGAAGGGGACCUCCGAGGUGUUCCGGCAGCGCGAGGCGCGCGCCGCCCGGCUGGCCAAUGAGAUCGAGGGCAGCCUGCAGUACCGCCGCAGGGUCUCCCUGGAGAACGACGAGGGGCGCAGCGAGGAGGACAAGUACAGCUCGGUGGUCCGGGAGGAGCGGGCCGGGCCCGGGGCCACGAGCAGCAGGCGAGUCCUGGUCCAGAGGAGGCCUCACGACCUCCUGGUGCUGCUGCUGGCUAACGAGACACGCUGCUUUAUUCUUUACUCCUCCCCCUCCUCCUCCUCCUCCUCCUCCUCCAGGGAGGGGAAGUACAUCCCUCUCCCUCAGCGGGCGAGAGAGAUCGGGCUGUCGGGCAGAACCGGAGCGUCGGGUCGCACGCCGCCGCCGCCGUUCUCUCGUCACGCGGCGCCGGGCUCUGAGCGCAGCAGCCCGCCGCGCUCGCUCCACGCCGCCGACGGCGCCGCACCGCGCUCGGCCGUCAACGGAGUCACGUCCAGAACUUCCCCCAAAACCCAGAGACUGCAGAGCAGCAGGACCCUGAGGACCCCCAACACCCAGACCUCCUCCACAGUCUCUCGGGCUCCUAAAGCCGAUGCCCCCCUGGACCUACUUCCUGUGGGCGGGCCCGUGUUCUUGGACUCCUCGUCCGUUGCCGUGGCCACCGGCUCCAAAUCCUCCGGGCUGACGCCCCUCUUCCCCAUCGAUGUGAACGAGAUCCUGAGCACGGCGGCGAAGGAGCGGACCGAAGGUCUGUCUGAGGGGAAGCCCUGCAAAGCUCCCACGGUGCAGCAGAGGAACCAGCUGGAGGAGCUGCGCAAGUUCGGCAAGGAGUUCAGGCUGCAGCCCACCUCCUCUCCGUCAGCGAGCCCGGCCUCUGCAGACCCUCCUCCGCUCAGCUCCGCCUCCUCCUCUUCCUCCUCCUCCCCCGCGCCGCCGCCCAAACCCGGCACCUCCUCUGCCCAAGACCUGCAGCAAGUGGCGGAGGUCGGCCCGACCUUCACGGCCCCAGGGUCCUUCGGGCCGGAGGGUCAGCGGUCCGGGCCGAGCCCCGGCGGCGAAGACGGCGAGCGGCCCGAGGCUGCAGCGACAGCGCAAGUGAAAAACUCCACGUUGAAUCCAAAUGCGAAAGAAUUCCUCCCCAUCAAAGUGAACAUCAUCCAGAAGCCUCCGCCGACGCCCACUCCUCCACGGCCGACGCCCCCCAGCCCCUCAUUGGUCCUGGCUCAUCCAGGGCAACCAGGAGGCGGAGCCAUCUACAGCAACCCACCUGGACACUACCUGUCCUACGUCUCCCCGCUCCACCUGCAGGGCCACCAGAUGCAGGCUCCUCAGAUGUAUCAGUACACGAUGUCGACUGUCAACCAGGGAAAAUUCCCCAGAGCCAAAGGCCCGGUGGUGGGCCAGCGUCCGGAGCACCACGCCUCUCAGGCCUCCUCCAUGAUCUCAGCUGCAGCCUCGGCGGCGGGACCCCCCCUGGUGGCCUCGCCGUACCCCCAGUCCUACCUGCAGUACGGUCAGAUGAUCCAGGCCCUGCCCACCCACUUCCACGGACAGCCCGUGUACUCGAUGCUCCAGGGGGGAGCCAGGAUGCUGACCUCCGGUGCCCCCCCCCAGCAGAUGGGUCCUCCGGGCCCCCAGUACCCCGGCCAGGCUGAGGGCCAACAACAGGCCAUAUAUGCCCAGUCCUUCUCCCACCACUCGGGGGCGCUGCACCACCCUCAGCCCUCCAGCACCCCCACUGGGAACCAGCCGCCCCCCCAGCACUCGGCUCCCAGUCCGGGACACAACCAGCCCGGCCCGGCAGGGCCUCAGCCUCAGUCCAUGUUCCACUCUGGAGGUCUGCAGAACCCGGCGCCGCCCGGCCUACCGCCGGGCCACAGCGCCCCCCAGGCCUCCUACAGCAUGCAGGGCUACGGCCUCCCGGGGCACCAGCCUCUGGCCCACGGCUUCCCCUCCAUCAGCCAGCUCACGCAGGCCCACGUUGCCGGCGGUCUCUCUGGUCCGCAUCACUCUGGGGGUCACGGCCUGCCGCCCGUCAUGCUGCACUACGUCUCCCCCCAGCAGGGGGCUGGCGCCAACCCCCAACACGGCCCCCAGCAGGGGGCGCCGCAGCACUUCUACAUCGGACACCCACAAGCUCUUCAGGUCCAGGCUCACCCGACCCAGCAGCUGUCCUUCCACCCGUCUGCCAACUGAACCCCCCCCCCCCUAUCUGGCUCCACCCCCUUUACUGAAAUAAACCACGAGUAAACGAUAACCCGAAGCAGUUGUAACAUUCCCCACAGGAAGCAAACGCAUCGCCACGUUUUAAAUGUAAAUAGAACGUUUUCUGGACAGGAAAGAUUUCUCUUUUUGUCCUUUUGCAGACGGAACCAGUUCAUUAAUAAAACCACUGAACCAAAACC